AUUGACCAAUCGACACCGUCAAAGCGUACGCCGAGAAACCUGCGCCAGCCAAUGAGCAGCUAGAUCAGGCAGCAGUUCAGGUGUACGGCGUUCAGCCCCUCUCCUCUUUGUGAUCAACGCUGCGUGUGUUACUGGAGCGGAUUAAAUACUCUUAUAAAAGAUGCAAGGAAACAGAGGACCCCGUUCAGAGCAGCAGAAUCACGGCCCACCCCGACAGCAACCCAACCCCCAACAGGAACAUCAGAGGAAGCCCUCAGGAGCCGACAGCAAUGGACAACACACUGAUGCUGGAGAGCAGAGCAGCCCGAAUGCUGCUUUCACUAUAGACCUGCAGAACUUCAAGAAGCCAGGUGAGAAGACCUACACGCAGAGGAGCAGGCUGUUUGUGGGGAACCUGCCCACUGGAACCUCAGAGGAGGAUGUGGAGAAGCUCUUCUCCAAGUAUGGAAAACCUUCUGAGAUUUUCAUCAACAAGGAAAGGGGCUUUGGCUUCAUCAGGCUGGAAACAAAGACUCUUGCGGACAUAGCGAAAGCAGAACUGGAUGACACUGUGUUCCGAGGUCGCCAGAUCCGUGUGCGUUUUGCCACUCACGGCGCUGCGCUGACGGUCAAGAACCUGCCUCAGUUUGUGUCCAACGAGCUCCUGGAGGAGGCCUUCGCCAUGUUCGGUCCGAUCGAACGGACCAUUGUCAUCGUCGAUGAUCGUGGCAGGCCAACUGGGAAGGGCAUUGUGGAGUUUGCCAACAAACCCUCUGCCAGGAAAGCUCUGGACCGUUGUGGAGAUGGAGCCUUCCUUCUCACCACUUUCCCCAGGCCUGUUACCGUUGAGCCGAUGGAGCAGCUUGAUGAGGAUGAAGGACUUCCUGAGAGACUUAUUAACAAAAACGCACUAUAUCACAAAGAGCGCGAGCAGCUGCCCCGGUUCGCUCAGCCAGGCUCGUUUGAGUAUGAGUAUGCUAUGCGCUGGAAGGCCUUAAUGGAAAUGGAAAAGCAGCAGUUUGAACAGGUUGAUCGAAACAUCAAAGAGGCCCAAGAGAAGCUGGAGACUGAAAUGGAAGCAGCACGACAUGAGCACCAAGUCAUGUUGAUGAGACAAGAUCUCCUGCGCAGACAGGAAGAGUUGAGGAGGAUGGAAGAGGCUCAUAGCCAGGAGGUGCAGAAACGGAAACAGAUGGAGCUGCGUCAGGAGGAGGAGCGGCGGAGGAGAGAGGAGGAGCUCCGUGCUCACUCUGAGGACCUGAUGAGGAGACAGCAGGGGCAGGGAGGCAACUUCUCUGAGAAAAGGGAUCCAGACAUGAGGAUGCAUAUGGGAGGUCAGGGAAUGGCCAUGAACAGGAACCCGAUGGGUGGAAAUACCACAACAGCAGGGGCUUCCAGCUUGGCUUCUAGUGAGGGGGCUGCCGGUAAUCCAGGUGGUCUCCCUCUUCCCUUCCCUCGUCCUGGACCUCCUGUUGACUUUGGCCCCAACAAACGCCGCAGAUUCUGAGACCACCAGCCAAAAGUCAUUCGCUUUGUUUUUUUGUUUUGUUUUUUUUAACAUACUGUAAAAUAUUUUUAAGUGCAUAUUGCGGUUUUGUAGGACCUGUGUAUACAUUUCACAUUCACAAAUGAAAUUGUGUAGGCAAAUGUAAACAGGUUGAAGUGUAUGUUUUAAUUUACCCUGUAAGAUCUAUCCAUCCCCAGCAGGAGCCUCAAGGGACUGUUUCCAGAAAGUCCAGCUUUGGGGACCCUUAUGCUUAUGAUUUCUGACUGAAGAUGCUUCAUCUAUGGGCGAGGGUUUAUCUGUGCAUGGAAACAGCUCCUGGCUGGACAUUCAGCUUUGUAUAGCCCUAUUUUUUUCUUUUUUAUUAAUUUCUUCUCUUUUGUAUUUCACCCAGCAGUGACCUUUUCUAAAGUAGAGAUUAGCUUUUGUCCAUCUUGUCCCUCUGCAAUGCUUGCCUUUCUAGACAACUUUAAAUAAAUUCAUAACUACAUGUUACAUACUGUCCAGUGUCGCUGGCAGCAUUCAUGGAUUACAUUUUGUGAUUUGUCUUUGUACAGCUGUUACAAAGAAGGAAAGACACAACAUAAAUUUUAAAACGAAA